AUGACACAGAUGUUCUAUACGAUUACCGGAAAGCUGCUUAUCAGCAUUUGUGUUAGCCAGCUCACAGAGAAGCAAAUAACUUGCACACAAACCUACUUAUCUUUAGAAGAGAGCCAAGAACCCAAGAGUACAGUUUCUUUUCUCCUGACUGACUCAGAAUCCACAGACUCUUCUCUGUCUAUCGAAAAGAAACAACCUAUGGACCACAGAGAAACUGAGAGACAGUGGUUGCUCAGAAGAAAGCGAUCUACUCUGUUUCCUAAUGGUGUGAAAACCUGCCCAGAUGAAAAUGUUACAGAGGCCAUGGCAAACCAUGUGAAAUAUUUUAAAGUCCGAGUAUGCCAGGAAGCUGUCUGGGAAGCCUUCAGGACUUUUUGGGAUCGACUUCCUGGGCGUGAAGAAUAUCAUUACUGGAUGAAUUUGUGUGAGGAUGGAAUCACAACUAUAUUUGAAAUGGGCACACAUUUUAGUCAGUCUGUGGAACAUAGAAGCUUAAUUAUGAAGAAACUGACAUACACAAAGGAAACUGUAAGCAGCCCUGAAUUGUCAUCUCCAGUUCCUGUUGGUGAUACCUCAACAUUGGGAGGUGCCAGUCUCAGUGUUCCAUAUCCAGGGGUGACCUUCUAUGAAGGUAUCUCAGAGAGCAGCUUGGAGAGGCCAGAAGAGAGUAUUAGCAAUGAAAUUGAGAAUGUGAUAGAAGAAUCCACAAAACCAGCAGUGGAGCAGGUUGCAGAAUUCAGUAUCCACCUUUUGGGGGAACAAUUCAAUGAAGAACUACAGGAUCCCUCCAGCUUUCACCACCAGCGCCUUGUAGAAGAGUUUAUUUCAGAGGUGGAAGAUGCAUUUACUGGGCUACUGGGCUACAAGGACAUUCAUGUACUUGACUUUAGAUCCCCUAAGGAAAAUGGCAGUGGCAUAGAUGUUCACUACGCAGUUACCUUCAAUGGUGAUGCCAUCAGCAAUACCACCUGGGACCUAAUUAGCCUUCACUCCAACAAGGUGGAGAACCAUGGUCUUGUGGAAUUGGAUGAUAAGCCCACUGCUGUUUAUACAAUUAGUAACUUCAGAGAUUAUAUUGCUGAGACACUGCACCAGAAUUUUUUGCUGGGGACCUCCUCUUUGAAUCUGGAUCCUGACUCCCUUCAGCUUAUUGAUGUGAGAGGAGUUUUACUUCCCCAAGGUGAAGACCAAGUUUGGAACACCCAAAGUUCAAGUCUUCAGGAAACCUUACCAUCUAUUCUGGAUAAUACCCCUCAAGCUGAAUGGCCCUCAGCAGAUGAAUUCACCAUGAGCAGUAUUUCACCACUUGAUUUCAGCUCUGGUCCUCCUUCAACCACUGGCAGGGAACUCUGGUCAGAAAGCCCUUUGGGUGAUUUAGUGUCUGCACCCAAAUUAGCCUUUCCCUCGAAGGUGAGCCUCAGUUCUCCCCCAGAGGUUUUAGAGGUUAGCAGCUUGACUCUUCAUUCUGUCACCCCAGCAGUGCUUCAGACUGGCUUGCCUGUGGCUUCUGAAGAAAGGACUUCUGGGUCUCACUCCUUAGAAGAUGGAUUAACUAAAGUUAAAGGGUCAGAAGAUUUUCUUUCUAUUGAUCCACUGCCUUCAAGCCCAUUUAGUCGUCCUGUGCCAAAAGAAAUAAUACCAUCCAUGGAAGACUCUGGGGUGUCUCUGACAUCCUCACCAUAUCCAGUCUCCUCGGUCACAUUCGACAUUCUUGCUAAAGAAGUAACUACACCUUUUGGCAUGGACUCUUUGGCCUCCAAAGUCAAAGGCCAAUUAGAAGUGAACACUUGGAUGCCAGACACAUCUAUGGAGAAAGAGUUCAUAUUUGAGAGUGGUUUAGGUUCAGGGUCUGGGCAAAAGGUAGGUCUGAUUAGUUGGCCAUGGAGCAAGACUUCAUUAGAGAAGAACACUGAACCACUGUCCAAGUCAUGGCUUGAAGUUGAGGAUUCAGAGGAUUUACUUUUGCCAACUGAGGAUAUAGAUGAGAAACUAGUUAUAGAUGACAGAAUAGAUUCCAUAGAUCAAAGGACUGAGCAUUCAACAUAUGGGCAUUUUGAUAGAUCCAGAAACUUUGCAGAGGAUGAGACCCUUGGUGGACCUACUGUGUCCAUCUUUGCAGAGACCACAACUCAAUCUGCAUCUCCAGUUCUAUCCAAGCACACAUCAGAAGUACCUGACACUGACUAUUAUUCAAUUACCAAAUCACCUCCUCUACUGACAUCUGCAGCAAUCUCUGCUUCUACUGAUAAACCAGUUCAAGAAGAACCCUUUCUAAAGGAGGAUAUGGAGCAAACUACAGAAUCAUCCAGCCGUGAAUGGUUUGACAGCAAGAUUGCAGUAGUGAAGCCAGAUGUGCAAACUUUGUGGACCAUAUUGCCAGAAUCAGAUGUAGUUUGGGUAAGAACUUCUUCCCUAGGGAAACUGCCGAGAGACACAUUGGCAAGUACACCACAGAGUACUGACAAGCUCUGGUUGAAGGCUUCCAUGACACAGUCUACCAAAUUGCCUUCAACCACAAGUUCCACCCUGCUGGAAGAUGAAGUCGUUAUGGGCGUACAGGAUAUUUCAUUAGAAUUGGACCAGAUAGGCACAGAUUACUAUCAUCCUGAGCUAAUCCCAGAGGAAAAUGGCAAGGUUGGUGGUUAUGUGGAAAUGUCUACAAGUAUUCAUUCCACAGAGAUGGCUAUUGUGGCUCAGCCAACAAAAAGUGAUGACUUGAGUCAUACCCAAGCCGCAGGAGCUUUGGUGGUUUUCUUCAGCCUCAGAGUGACUAACAUGAUGUUUUCAGAAGAUCUGUUUAAUAAAAACUCUCUGGAGUAUAAAGCCCUGGAGCAAAGAUUCUUAGAACUGCUGGUUCCCUAUCUCCAGUCAAAUCUCACUGGGUUCCAGAAUUUAGAAAUCCUGAACUUCAGAAAUGGCAGUAUUGUGGUGAACAGCCGAAUGAAGUUCGCCAAGUCUGUCCCUCCUAAUGUCACCAAUGCUGUAUACGUGAUUCUGGAAGACUUUUGCACCACUGCUUACCAAACCAUGAACUUGGCUAUUGAUAAAUACUCCCUCGAUGUGGAAUCAGGUGAUCAAGCCAACCCUUGCAAGUUUCAGGCAUGCAAUGAAUUUUCCGAGUGUUUGGUCAACACCUGGAGUGGAGAAGCAGAGUGCAGAUGCUACCCUGGGUACCUGAGUGUGGAAGAACUGCCCUGUCAGAGUCUCUGUGACCUACAGCCCGACUUCUGCUUGAAUGAUGGAAAGUGUGACAUCAUGCCUGGGCAUGGGGCCAUUUGUAGGUGCCGGGUGGGUGAGAACUGGUGGUAUCGAGGUGAGCACUGUGAGGAGUUUGUGUCCGAGCCCUUGGUGAUAGGCAUCACCAUCGCCUCCAUGGUUGGACUUGUCCUCAUUUCUGCUGCUUUCGUCUUCUUCCUCAUCAGGACUCUUCAAGCUCAAUAUGUUAGGAGAGAAAGAGAGAGACCCUUCAGUAGGCAGUCUGACAGCCUCUCAUCUAUGGAAAGAGCUGUAAAGCACAACCCCGUGUUUGAAAGUCACGGCGCUGAUCUCGAGCAGUAUGAAGGACCCUACCCUCCGCGGCCCUUCUACAGCUCCACAGGCAGAGAGAUGAUUGCUGGUCUGAGCAGGGAAGAAAUCAGACAAAUGUAUGAGAACAGUGAGCUUUCCAGAGAGGAAAUUCAAGAAAGAAUGAGAAUUUUGGAACUGUAUUCCAGGGAUCCUGAGUUUGCAGCUUUUGUGAGAGAACAUCAAAUGGAAGAGCUUUAACCAAAACUCCUAUUUUGCAACUGAUUAGAAGCCUAGAGAAGAUGGAGAUCACUCAUUCCCUAUGUCAUAUAAUUAACUUGAGUUUGGAACUCUGUUGGAAGAAGCGUUUUCUAUCAAAAAAAUUAAAUUUGGGACACAAAUAUUUUUUUCUAGUUUAAAAUUUUAGAAUAUAGUAAGAGAUGUGAUGGUUUUUAUACCCACAAAGACCAAAAGCUGUACUUAAAGGGAAUCAAAACUGUAUGGGGCUUCCCUGGUGGCACAGUGAUUAAGAAUCCACCUGUCAAUGCAGGGGACAUGGAUUCGAGUCCUGGUCUGGGAAGAUCCCACGUGCCGCGGAGCAAUGAAGCCCGUGCACCACAACUACUGAGCCUGCUCUCUAGAGCCUGCAAGCCACAACUGCUGAGCCCAUGUGCCACAACUAUUGAAGCCCGCGCACCUAGAGCCCGUGCUCCGCAACAAGAGAAGCCACCGCAAUGAGAAUCCUGCACACCACAAGGAAGAGCAGCCCUCGCUUGCCGCAACUAGAGAAAGCCCGCAUGCAUCAAUGAAGACCCAAUGCAUCCAAAAAUAAAUAAAUAAAAGAAAUAAAUUAAAAAAAAAACUGUAUGAAUUCUGGAAAGUGUUCUAUAAGGAAAAAGCCGGGCCUGGGAGUUGGGGCU